GAAGUGUAAGUGGUUCUAUUCUGCGGUUUCCGUGGUUUCAACAUGAAUUUUUGUUGUGCACUUCGGGCGGUAUGUGGCAGACGAAUUCAACAAAUAACAGCGGGUCUGUUGCUGGAAGCAAUUUGCAGAACGAUUCCAAGGUGAUCGUAGCAUCAACGUCCAACACUAAUUCUUCAGCAACCGCAGCAGUCACUGGUGCAACCGUUGUGACUUCACCAUCUAGCACUCCCACCCAAGCCACCUACUAUCUUAUAUACCACAAUGGAUUUCCACUAAGUAUUCCACCGAAUACAGUGCCACCACCAUUUACACCUGCGCAUUUUACCAGUACGACCAACUCUGGCACAUCCCCUUCGUCGGGACAAGUUACACAGUCUGCAGUUGGCGGAGCUUAUAGUUUGCUUGCGAACACAUCAAUAACUGCUGCUGCCGCUGUAGGUACAAGAACAACAGCAGGAAAUGCUUAAACAGCAACAACAACGAAGAAGGCGGCAA